AUGAUUGCCAAGAUCUUCUCAGUGUCCGUCCUCCUUGCAGCAGCACAUGCGGGAUACUUAGGCGGUUAUGGUGGUGGUCUUUCCAGCUCCUACGUAUCAAAUCAUCUUUCAUCUUACGGUGGUCGCCCCGUUCCGACUUAUUACCAUGGAAGUGGAGGAUACUCCCACGAUCAAGACUACUACUCUCAUCCUAAAUAUCAAUUUCAAUAUGGAGUACAAGAUCCCCAUACCGGAGACCACAAAACCCAACACGAAGUUCGCGAUGGUGACGUAGUCAAAGGAUCUUACUCAGUAGCUGAUCCAGAUGGUACUCUACGUACCGUUCAUUACACUGCUGAUGAUCACAACGGUUUCAAUGCUGUUGUAGAAAAAUCUGGACAUGCUGUACAUCACGCUUCACCAGCAUUAACUGCACACGCUUAUGCCGCUCCUGCUUUAUCUACAUAUGCCGCCCCUGCUUUACCGACUUAUGCUGCUCCAGCAUUGACGACACAUACCUAUGCCGCCCCUACAAUUUAUAAACAAGCCGCGACGGUAGUUAAAGCUGCUCCAGCUGUAGAUUAUGCGGCCUACCCUAAAUACCAGUUCAAUUAUGGAGUGGCUGAUGGACACACAGGAGACCAGAAAAGUCAAUCUGAGUACCGUGACGGCGAUACUGUCAAAGGACAAUAUUCCUUAGUAGAACCAGACGGUACAAUACGUACAGUAAAAUACACUGCCGAUGAUCAUAAUGGUUUCAAUGCUAUCGUAACCAGAUCCGGACACGCAGCCCAUCCUGCUACUCCAGUAGUUGCACAAAAAGUCAUCUCUCCUGCCAUUGCUGCACACUACAGCGUCCCACCAGCUCAUGAAUUUGGUGGAUACUAUGUCACCUUCUUAAGAGAUACAUGGAAAUCAGUCUCGGAUCUAACGAUUACAAAACGCAAAAUUGUAGCUCUUACCGCCGUUGUAGCCUGCGCAAGCGCCGGGUUUAUUGGUGGAUUAGGUGGACAUGGACUAAUCGGUGGACAUGGAUUAGGAUACGGAGCAGUGUCUGUAGCACACGCUGCCCCAAUAGCAGUUGCAGCUCAUGCUCCUGCCCACGAAACUGUAGACUACUAUGCUUACCCAAAAUAUGAAUUUAACUAUGGAGUAGCUGACGGUCACACCGGAGAUCAUAAAUCACAAAAAGAAGUACGUGACGGUGACGUAGUUAAAGGUUCUUAUACUGUAGCCGAGCCUGAUGGUACUCUUCGUACUGUUCAUUACACCGCAGAUGAUCACAAUGGCUUCAACGCUGUUGUCACCAAAAGCGGACAUGCAGUUCACCCACAAGUUGUAACCAAAGCUGUAGCUGUAGCUCCAGUAGCUUAUUCAUUAGGACAUGGUGGUUACGGAGGACAUGGUUACCAUUAAUGAUCUCAAUUGGCUAGAAAUGUUGCUCAUAUAUGUAUAUACCUCAUCGGUUGUGUAUCAUUAGUGUUGUUCUUCUCUUAUCGUUAAUGUAUCUCAUCUUCGCCAUAUUUAUUUCUUAUAAUCCAA